UUGAAUAUUCAGACGGUUUGGAGAUUUGUAAACAAUGCACCAGCUAAGUAACACAAAUUGAUCCUUGAUCUGUCUGAAUAUGGAAGUAGAACUUACUUUUGAUGCAGUGAAUUCUUGUAACUUUGCGAGAAAGCGGCAAGCGGCUCCGGAGAGCUGUUCAGAAACACAAUCGAAGAAGCGACCAUGUCUCGAAGACUGUUGCUGGAGUUUGGAUAAAGCUUGCAAUGUGGGAUCAGAGAACAGAUCCUUAAGUUUCACAAUGCCCAUGGUUUUAACACAUCAACGACCAGAUAAUAAUUGUCCAUCAUCAUCUGACCCUUGCACUACUUCAUUCACUGGACACAGCUACAAGGACAUUAACUGUAACAUAUUGAAUCAAGAGAAUCAGUCGCAGGAAAUGGACAUUUCAUGUGAUACAACAACAACAACAACAACAACAACAACAACAACAAGAAGUAGAGCACUCCAUCAGCAGACCUUUUCUGUCCCACCCAUCAUAGCUCAGUAUUAUUCAUCUUCAGCAUCCUGCUUUCGCUGCUUGAGAGGAGAAGCGGGACACAUGAACCACCUGACCAGUUGAUCAGCAGUCUUAUGAGCAUUUUGUUUACUUUGAUACUGACAUGAACAUAAACUUGAAGGUUUUUUAUAUAUAAACAUAUUCUCAUUCAGUCACUUGUCUUAUUUGGCUGUCUGGUAUUACUCAUUGCAAGACAAUUUUACUGUAAAUAAAACACAGAUGUCCAUGACUGAAUUAAAUAUACAUAUGUAUAUAUUAUGACAUGUAUGGUGAAGUCUAUGUUUACUUUGGCAUGAUGUGAUAUACAAGAAAUGGUCACUUUUGUCUAAAAUUGAUCACUGUUACCUGAAAAUGGACAUUAGUUUUCAAAAUGGGAUGCUGGUUAUCUAAAACAUUGGAUAAUAAAUUUAGUAUGUAUUGAAACAGCAGUUAGAGUUAAAGGUGUGCUCUGAUUGGCUUACAAAUGUUGAAUAUCCUUUGCUAUUCACCUCCCAGAAACUCGUGCCGUAUUUGUGCCUGAAACUAUUGCAAUAGUUGCAGUUUUAUAGAGUUAAAAUCUUCUUUUUGUGUGGUAUUACCUCCCUGUUUUACUAAAACAACCAUUUGUAUUUAACCCUUUAAUCCCUGAGAGUGACUAGCAUCUAAUUUCUCCUUUCAAUA